CGCGGCAAAACGUCGCACGCUUCUCAGUCAGGCGCCGACAUUUGCCGGUAAUACAGUCGCGCGAGCUGGAGGCUUCUCUCUCUCUCGCGGGCCUGCGAUGCACGCGUUCCAUUGACGCGAACGGGCAGAGCGAGAGGAUGGAGAACGAGUUAAGAAUUGUGGUGAAAUGGAGCGGAAGGGAGUACGAUAUCCUCGAUAUUCAGGAGGAGGAUACGGUACUCUCUCUGAAGGAGCGUAUACACCGGGAAACGGGCGUUCGCCCGGAACGGCAGAAGCUGCUGAAUCUAAAGUUUAAAGGCAAACCAGCGCAAGAUGAGGACAUGAUCGGCAAGUUGAACCUGAAGCCUGGCUUCAAGCUGAUGCUGAUGGGCUCGCGGGAAGAGGACAUCGCCGAGGUCAGUCAAGCGCCCGAGAACGUACCUGAUGUGAUAAACGAUCUCGACAUAGAGGAGGAGGAGGUGGAGAUCGAGAAGGCCGAGAUAAAUCUGCGUAAAAUCCAGACGCGAAUCGACCGUUACGCGAUCGUGGAGCUGAAUCCUCUCCGGGAGGGUAAGAGGCUCCUCGUGCUGGACAUAGAUUACACCUUGUUCGAUCACAGAUCGGUGGCGGAGAGCGGCGCGCAGCUGAUGCGCCCGUAUCUUCACGAGUUCCUGACGCGCGCUUACAAGAAUUACGACAUCGUCAUCUGGUCGGCGACCAGCAUGAGGUGGAUCAACGAGAAGAUGAAGCUGCUGGGGGUCUCGAAUCAUCCCAACUACAAGAUCGCCUUUCACCUGGACGUCCUCGCGAUGAUCACCGUUCACACGCCCAAGUACGGCGUCGUCGGCGUGAAGCCGCUGGGCAUCAUCUGGGGCAAGUACAAGCAGUUCUCCGCGAAGAACACGAUAAUGUUCGACGACAUCAGACGAAACUUCAUAAUGAAUCCGCAGUCGGGACUGAGGAUAAAGCCUUUCAAGCACGCCCACACCAGCAGAGUUAAAGAUUUCGAGCUGCUGAAGCUGUCGAGAUACUUGGAGCUAAUAGCCGACAUAGAUGACUUUCAGACUCUCAACCACAGGAAGUGGGAGGAGUACAAGCCGAAGAAGAGCGACCAAAGUAAUGAGCAGACUAGCAGCAGUGAGAAAAGUUAAAUUUGGACUUAAACUUUCGUCUUGCCGCUUUGACGAGGGCAGUCGAUCGAUUGGAGGGACACGCUAUUGAUUGACUGGAGGAGUUCGGGGUGACUUCGAGAUUGUACGUGACAAGGUGAAUGCACGGAGGGAGAUGUAUUCGUCGGCUAUUAUUAAAAUCACGACUGAAAACACAAGGCUGUUCUACGUACGUUGGAUAAGAAUUGACGAGACUGACUUGGGCGUCAGUUUCCGUCGCGUCGCGAGAAAAUUUGUAACGCGCGAUACUCCGAGAACAUACGUAUUUUCACACGUUUCUUAUUCUAUGUACUUGUGAUGUAUUUAUCGGUUGGUUGUGUACACGCAUGUAAGAGCCUUUUUAAAUAAGCUGCACAAUGGGUGCAAUGACGUAACGCGAUUUUGAGUAAAUCCACGCGUUGUGCGUCAGAUGCGUACUUUUUUACGUGUAGCCUUUGUUACAUGGUGCGCCUUGCGUCGAGACGCCGGCGAACUUUAAAUCUGAUACGGCACGAGACCGUUUGUCUACAUUUACAUUUGCGUGGUCGCGCUGCGUGGGUUUGGCGCAGCAUAUUUUAGCCUUUAAUCAUUGUAAUACGCACUGAUUAUGCAAACCGCAAUAUCUAUCUUAUAAAUACAUUAAAUGCUAGCGUUGGCGAAUUUUAUUUAAGGGAGUUCAAACGAUUUUUAAACUGUUAAAUAAGAUACUGUUUCCAUUUUUCAUACUGAUUUUAAGUAUUACGGAAGGAUAUAAAAUACGAAAAGUUCACGUAACGAUUGUAAUAAAGCUAAUUUAUCCGAAA